CCCAGCGACGUGACGUCAGCAUGAGUGCUGGGUUCGAGCUGACAUUGGAAGGGAAGCGUAGAUCCUCCGGCGGCAGUGCAAAGUCAGCGCUCGUGUAGCCCGUCGCCGCCGCUCUCCGCUUGCUGUGAGAUAUCGCCCGGAGUGAAGCAGGCACAAGAUGAGUUGUCCGCUGCGGUGCCGGGUUCUCAACUCGCUCCAGCUCCCGUUCCUCAUCCUGCUGAGCUUCUGCAGCUCGUCCGUGUCCAGGGAAGUUUGUUCAGGAAUUGAAAACAAGCUCACGCUGCUGUCAAAUGUGCAUGACCAUUACAGCAACCUUCGUCGGACUUACAACGCUUGUGAGGUAGUGAUGGGAAAUCUGGAAAUAACGUUCCUGCAGCCGUAUCAUGACGUGUCCUUCCUUGAAAGUAUUCAGGAAGUAUCAGGUUAUGUCCUCAUAGCCCUCAAUAAAAUUUCAAGGAUCCCUCUGCAGAAUCUUCGGAUUAUCCGAGGCCACCAACUUUAUGACGACAAGUAUGCACUAGUCAUUUUAUCGAACUACGAUCAGAAUGGAGUCAGUGGGCUUAGUGAGCUGCCCUUACAGAAUCUCACAGAAAUUUUAUUCGGCACAGUGAAAUUUACUUCAAAUCCUCAGCUUUGUUACUUGCAAUCGAUUCAUUGGGAUGAUAUUCUAGAAGAUAAGGAGGCGCCUAGUCUAACCGUUAAUUUCACUGCAGCAAAUUGCCCCAAAUGUCAUUCGCAGUGUCAAGAGGAAGCAUGCUGGGGUCCAGGUAUAGAGAACUGUCAAAAAUUCACAAAGAAAAUCUGCGCACAACAAUGUUCGGGUCGAUGCAGAGGUCCGAACCCCAGUGACUGCUGCCACAGCCAAUGUGCUGCUGGAUGUACAGGACCCAGGGAAUAUGACUGUCUGGCUUGUCGGAAGUUCAGCGACGGAGGCACUUGUAAAGAAUCCUGUCCUCGCUUGGAAAUUUAUAAUACAAUCACUUUUCAAAUGGAGCGGAAUCCACACGGAAAAUAUAGUUUUGGAGCAUCCUGUGUAGAGAAGUGUCCCCAUAACUAUGUGGUAACAGACCUUGAUUCCUGUGUUCGAUCCUGCAGUCCUGGUACACAUGAGGUGGAUGAGGACAAUAUCAGAAAGUGUAAAAAAUGUGAAGGACCUUGUCCAAAAGACUGCAGCGGAAUUGGAGUUGCACCCUUGAAGGAUGUCAUGUCAAUCAAUUCCUCAAAUAUUGAUUUAUUUAAAAAUUGCACCAAAAUUAAUGGCAAUGUGGUCAUUUUGGAAGUGGCCUUCAAAGGUGAUAACUUCUCAAAAGCACCUCCACUGCUCCUAGAAAAAUUGGAAAUCUUUAGAACUGUCAAAGAAAUAACAGGCUAUUUUUUAAUUCAAAGUUGGCCAGAUAAUUACACAGAUCUACAAGUGUUUGAAAAUCUCGAAAUAGUGCGUGGCCGAACUCAGCAUCACAGCAGUAUAUCAUUUGCUUUGGCCAACCUGGGCAUCAGCUCUUUGGGACUGCGUUCCCUCAAAGAGGUUAGCGAUGGUGAUGUAAAGAUAUUUAACAACAAGAAACUCUGCUAUGUGUGGACCAUGAACUGGAAACAACUCUUCAAAUCUCCCCGGCAGGCAAUCACUAAAAAGGGAAAUAAGCCAGACGCAGAAUGCAAAGCUGAAAAACGGAUCUGCCAUCCGCUGUGUUCUGACGAUGGUUGUUGGGGCCCUGGACCCUCGCAGUGCUUUUCUUGUCGUUAUUACAUCCGUGAAAGAAUGUGUGUUAAGAAGUGCAACAUUUUUGAUGGGAAAGUGAGGGAGUAUAUGGAAGGAUCCCGGUGUUUUCAAUGUGAUGGCGAAUGUAAACCACAGAAUGGGUCUGAAACUUGCAGAGGACCUGGGAACCAAAAUUGUAGCGAAUGUGCUAAUUUUAAAGAUGGCCAACACUGUAUGAAAAGCUGUCCUUCUGGAAUCACUGGAGAAAAUAAUACCCUCAUCUGGAAGUACCCUGAUGAGAAAAAGCAUUGCCAACUCUGUCACCUAAAUUGCACUCAAGGGUGUAAGGGACCAAUGCUUGAAGAUUGUGAUCAUUAUGCUGGGACCCACAUUCCUUCCAUUGCUGCAGGAGUUGUUGGCGGGCUCCUUGGUUUGGUCAUGUUGGCUUUGUUGAUUGGAGUAUUUCUGCGGAGAAGGCAUGUCAGAAAGAAGAGGGCUUUGCGACGUUUGCUGCAGGAACGGGAGCUGGUUCAGCCUCUAACACCCAGUGGAGCUGCUCCAAAUCAAGCCCUUCUGCGGAUCCUUAAAGAGACAGAAUUCAAGAAAAUCAAAGUGCUUGGCUCUGGAGCAUUUGGCACUGUAUACAAGGGCUUGUGGAAUCCAGAGGGGGAAAAUGUCAAAAUCCCUGUUGCUAUCAAAGUAUUGAGAGAAGCAACCUCACCAAAAGCUAAUAAAGAAAUCCUUGAUGAAGCAUAUGUGAUGGCCAGUGUUGACCAUCCCCAUGUUUGUCGGUUAUUGGGAAUCUGUCUCACUUCAACCGUGCAACUUGUCACACAGCUGAUGCCCUUUGGUUGUUUGUUGGACUACAUACGGGAAAACAAAGAAAAUAUUGGCUCCCAGUAUCUUCUCAACUGGUGUGUGCAGAUAGCAAAGGGAAUGAGCUAUUUAGAGGAGCGGCGGUUAGUACACCGGGACUUGGCGGCUCGAAAUGUUCUGGUAAAGACACCUCAGCACAUAAAGAUUACAGACUUUGGACUUGCCAGACUUCUGGAUGUGGAUGAAAAAGAAUACCAUGAGGAUGGUGGCAAAUUACCUAUCAAAUGGAUGGCAUUGGAAUCGAUCCUUCAUAGGACAUUUACCCAUCAGAGUGAUAUCUGGAGUUAUGGUGUGACCAUUUGGGAACUAAUGACAUUUGGCUCUAAGCCCUAUGAUGGUAUUCCUGCUUGUGAAAUCCCAAAUAUCUUGGAGAAAGGGGAACGAUUGCCACAACCUCCAAUCUGUACAAUCGAUGUAUACAUGAUCAUGGUUAAAUGUUGGAUGAUUGAUGCAGAAAGUCGACCUAGAUUCCGAGAGCUGACGUCUGAAUUCUCCCGGAUGGCCCGAGAUCCACAACGUUACCUUGUAAUUCAGGGUGAUGAUCGCAUGUACCUGCCAAGUCCAAGUGACUCAAAAUUUUACCGCACCGUAAUAGAGGAAGAAGAUAUGGAAGAUAUUGUGGAUGCCGAUGAAUAUCUUGUUCCUCACGCAGGUUUCUUCAACAGUCCUUCCACAUCAAGGACACCCUUAUGUACAUCAGUGAGUAUGACAAGCAACAAUUCAUCAACUUUGAUUAAUAGAAAUGGACAUCAAGGAAUUCCUAAGAGAGAAGACAGUUCAACAUUACGCUAUAGUUCCGAUCCAACAGUUCUUCUUGAUGACGAUGACAUAAAUGGAUGUUUCCAACCAGCCCCAGAAUAUAUCAACCAAAUUCAAAAUAAGCCGCUUCCAAAUCAUUUGAUAAGCCCUAUCUCUGAUAUGGAAAACCCAGGUUACCAGGAACUUUUUGUCCCCCUCAUCAAGAAUGGCAGAGGUGACUCUCAGUAUUUAAAUUCAUUCACUAAUGCAAUGGAGAAUCCAGAGUAUGUGAGUGCUUCCAAACCCAUCAACAAAGCAGGUCUGGACCAUCCCAAUCACUGGGACCAGACAGUGCUUCCCAGUGUCAGCUUGGACAAUCCUGAAUACCAGGAGGAUCUCGUUUCUAAACACACAAAAGUGAAUGGUCAUGUUGAAGCGACAGCUGAGAAUCCAGAGUACCUUGGUGUUGUAGCGCCACCCAGAGGUCAAAAACGCACUACAGUAUGAUACAGCAAGCAGACCUUUACACACAACCUGGUGUCCAAACCCUGCUGGUGAAUUUUAAGUGCAGCUAUGCUGUGGUACUGAUAAUGGACAUUUCCAUAGGGCAAUGGAAAAGCAACGAAUGUGAAUAUUUUCUCCUAAAAUAAGCAUUAGGAUAGUACUGGUGAUGGAGCUUUACCCUGACACUUUAAAUUAGGUUUAUAAAACCUAGAAAGGAAAUAGAUGUAGUUUUUUUUUCCCCAGUGGCAUUCCACAUUUCUUUUAAACAUUAAAUUGCAUACUUGUUAUGUGUAGAUAAUGGCUAAAGUUUGUGUCAUAGCCAAUUUUUCAGAAAUUUCGUUAGGUCUUGUUUCAAUACCACCUUCAUAUAGCUAAAAACAUUCUUCCCUCCACAGGACUUGCAUAUUCAUAAAUAAAAUUAAAUAUGCAAUUAGUUUUACUUUUAAAAUGUUUGUUAAUACUUCAGAGAAUGUAUUAAAUGCAGUAUCCAAGUAAUAUGAAGGGUGAUUGAUAAGUUGGUGGCCUAAGGUAGAAGGAGUCAAUUUUAGAAAACCUAGCAUAUUUAUUUUUCAACAUAGUCCCCUCCUACAUUUACACACUUAGUCCAGCGGUCGUGGAGCAUACGGAUUCCUUCUUUGUAGAAGUGGUCCACAGCAGGGGUGAUUGUUCAUGGCCGAAGGUAGAAGGAGAUCAGUUAUCAGCUUCAAGCUUUCUGCAUUUUCACUCAAAGAGUUGGACUGCACGUGCAUGUAACGAGAGCAUCUUGGACCUCCAGGUGGUCCACAUCAGGGGUGAUUGAUAAGUUCGUGGCCUAAGCAUGUGCAGUUCAACUCUGAGUGAAAAUGCUGAAAGUUUGAAGUUAAUAACUCAUCUCCUUCUACCUUAGGCCAUGAACUUAUCAAUCACCUCUGCUGUGGACCACUUCUGGAGAUCCAAGCACCGACUUCUACAAAGAAGGGAUCUGUAUGCUCCACGACCACUGGACUAAGUGUGUAAAUGUAGGAAAAAUCAAUGUGCUAGGUUUUCUAAAAUUGACUGCUUCUACUUUAGGCCACGAACUUACCCUUUGUCUGAGCAACUCUGUGGAAUGAGUACUAAUAUCCAGGUAAAGUGGACUCUGAAAUCUCAACUAUUCUUGUGUGAACUGGGAAGAUGAUUAAAAUAUGGAGUAAAAUUAGCACAAGUUUUGUAUUUCUCAAGAAUAUCUCCUGACCAUAUGAAAAACUUGCCUUCUGAUGAUUUGAACACUGCAUCUUCAAACUCAUUAAUUAUUUACUCUCAAGUAAUUCAUCAAGAAGUAAAUGAGCAAUUCACUUGUACAAAAUGCUGGAGGAACUUGGCAGGUCAGGCGGGUUCUACAGUAUGGAGAGGAAUAAAGAGUCUUUGUUUCAGGUUGAAACCCUUCACUUAGUUCUAUUUGCUUUAUGCAAAGUAGUUCAAAUUUUACCUGUGAAUGUAACUAAGUCCAGUAUUAAUUUAGUCCUCUUACUUUAGCUCUUCAUUCUCUUGUGCCCACAUCCCUUGUCUUGUAAAACAAAUAACAGAACUGUUCUUGUAUCAUGCUGUUUGGCUUUGUUGUUCCUCUCCAUGCCUUGUGGCAACCUUGCCAUUUCUUUAGCCUUUAUCCAGGGUUUUUUUUUAUGAGGACGAGUUGCUAGGUCAACACUCAGCCCAGUACGGAUGGAACGCAUGCAAGGAGCCCGUCGGAUUCAAACCCAGGACCACUCACCUCAAAGUCCGGUGCUGAUGCCACUACACCACCGGCUGGCUUAAUCUGUAUUUAGGAGCCUCAUAUUUGCUUCUUGCCAUUCUUCAUACAAAGUUAUGAUCAAAAUAGCUGAAAUUCAUGAAAUCAAAUGAUUCUUUUAAAAACUGAAACUAAAUAAACACUAAAUGCUGAAACAGUCGGCUGUUCAGGCAGCAUCUGUUAGAGAGGAAUAGAGUACAUGGUUAAUAUUUCACUUCGCUCACUUUGGCUGCUGUAUUUUUAGGUCUCAUUAACUCAAUUUAAAUUCCACAGAUGCUGCUUUGGGAGUUAAACCCUUGGUCCACUAUAAAGUUAUUCUACUCCUAGCUUUGACAUUGCUCCUUGCAAAGGAGGUGUUCCACACUCCUCAGUCACAGCUGCAAGGUCUCAUAAAAUCUUUAAAGUAUGACUGAAAUUGGAACUGCUUUGUGUUCCAUCUCUCUGCUUAACUGGGACUCAUCACUUAACAAUAACAAUGCACUACUCAAAGGUGAACUUUCCUCUGCACCUGCUCUACCUUCUGACAUUAUUCUCAAUGAAUUCCUAAUGACGGUCAUUAUGCAAUACUUGUUUGUGUUGAUCAAUUUGAUAGUGGUGAGGUAAUAUUUAUGAAAUAUGGAAGAUGGCUGAGUUAUCUGGAUGAAGGAUUAUGGAAAUUAAGGUAUUUGUUUUCCAACAAUGUGGAUUGUAUCCCUUUUUUAAUUGUGUAGAUUUUGCAGACAAAUGUUGCUGAGAUUUAAUAAUUUUAGAAAACAAAUGAAUUGUUGAAGCACUAUUUGUAUAGAAGUGAAAUCCAGUCUUUUAUAUGGUGUAUUGAUAAAAAUAAAUCAUUAUAUGCUUAUAUGUAUAUAAGAGUCCAGAAACAUAACAAUGGAAUGUAUGCUACAUAAUGGACAUAUUUAAUUAAUUGUUAAAUAUUUUGAUUGUUUCUUCAAGAUGAGAUGAGCAUUUUAAGAUUUUAUGCACAUUAACUUCUUGGAGAUUUAUGAAUGUUUCAUUUGUUUUACCUAAAGUUUUUUGACUUCUCGCUUAAAGCGAUAGGUUGCCCUCGUCUCUCUGUGGUCAAACAUCAUGAAUCACUGCCAAUCCAUUCCUUAACAUCAGUCUGCUCAUUCUCACAGCUGUUUAUGGUUGCUGUACACAAAUGGACACAGCAAUCCUUACUACAGUAAGUGUACUUCAAAAAUAUUCCCUUUGGAAUUUUGAAGUGACUCUAUCAUUGUUAAAGGCAUUACAUAGAUGUGUCUUUCUUUUCCUUAACUUUUUAAAAAAACAUUUUGCAAGCUUUUGGCAUAACAAAACACACACUACAUUCUGUACUUAAGUGUCAGUUACAAUUUUGUAUUUGAAUAUUUUACAAAUUUUGCUUUCUUUUCCAUGAAAAUAUAAAACCACUGAUGCAUGAUACUUUACUGAAAUAAAAUAUUUGUG